AAAAUAAAAUAAAAUAAAAUAAAAUAAAAUAAAAUAAAAUAAAAUAAAAUAAAAUAAAAUAAAAUAAAAUAAAAUAAAAUGGGGUUCCACUUCUAUUGUGUAUCAUUUAGACUUUUGAAGUGGUAAUAUCAUUCAUGUUACAGCUAUUAAACAGCUUAAGGAUAAUACCCAUUCUUCGAUCAUCAUGUUUGAAUAGUAAUUACAGAAAAAAAAAAAAAAAAAAAAAUGCCAAGUAUUCUAAUAAUUGUCUUGUAAAUGACAUGUAAUUUCAUUUCUAGCAUCGAAUCCAACACGGUUUUCAUCAAUACUUAUUAAAAGAGGGAUGGGUACACAGAACUCUGUAAGGACAGCUUUAAAAAAUAAAUCCAAUCCAUUUGCAAGCAAUAAACCAUUAAAGCAUGCAUUAGAGCAUCAUGAUGUUGUACUUUAUCAAGCUCCUUCAGGAGUUAAACAAAAGUUUACAUGGUUAUAUAUUUCAGCUGGUGUUCAGCUCAUUUUUUGGGGAAAUUUAGCAAGUCUGGCAUAUGUUGCUUAUAGUGUAAAAGAUGGAGAAGAGGAAGAUGCACCUAUUGUGCUUGGUCCUAAAGGUGAAAGAAUAGCUAUUGCAGGAGGUUUGGUUGCUGUAGGUGUUGGUAUUGCUUCUCUUAUGUGUAUUUAUCCUUGGAGGUAAAUUAAGAACAAAAAUACAUUUUUGAGUGUGUGUGUGUGUGUGUGUGUG